AUGGGUAAUAAUCCUCCAGGCGAGGAGGAUUCUCCACUGAAGACGAAGAAAGAAAAGAAACCUGCUGCGCCCAGGGUCCGGAACCGUGCUAACAAUACUAACAAUAAAGGAUCAAAAAUAGGAAGACCUCCAGGGUCUAAAAACCAAAUUUAUAAGGGCGACUUGCAAGACCAGAAAGAUUUACUUGAGCAGCAGAACGCUGCCUUAAAAAAGAAAGUGCAAGCCCUGCUUUUAAAAUCAAAAGGUAUUGAUUCAGACUGCUCUCUACUCGACUACUGUGAGAAACCUAAACCCAACUCAAAUAACCAACUUUUAACUGAAGAUAGUGAAAAAUCCUCUGAAGAUGAGAGUGAAAAGGAGGUUGAGAAGGACAAGACUAAGAAUAAGACCUGUGAUAAAGAGAAGAAUGAUGGGAAAAGUGACAGUGAACCAGAUACUGAAGAGAAGAAUGAUGGAAGGGCCACUGAGCAAGAUAAUGAGAAUGAGGGCAGUGAUCAGGAAGAAGACGAUGGUGAGUGGAAGAAAACUGUAGCAGCAGUCAAAACUGACCUGUGUGCAAGUGCUACUGCAGUGGAUAAAAGACUUAAGGCGAACCCUAAUGACGACCAACAGCUCUACCUUGGUUAUGGGCUGCAUGUGAGCAAGGACUAGUGGUUAAAAAAGCUACGUGGAGCUAAGAAGCAAUCAGCAUUUGUCAACGAUCUUACUGGAAAUUUAUGGACGGAGGAGAAGAGGACUAAGAGGUCCGUAACAGGAGUCUCCAAAACUAGAGGGGACAUUUCAAAGGCUACUCCCAAGAAAGUGAGGCUCAUUGAAGCUUGUGUGGUUGCUCGUUGCCAUACGAAGAAAAUUAUGGACCCUGAAGCUUUAUCGAUGGCAAAGGAGAAAGCUCGAGAAACAAUCAAUCAAAAAUUUUAUGAGACCGGCAGGCCCAAGGU